CUGAUGUGAUGUGACAAAUUACUUGCAUUUUUGCAUUUGUUUUCUAAUAUUUUUUGACAACCAAAAAACAAAGCUUAAAAUUAAAAGUGAACUUUUCCUUUGUGAAAAAUAAUUGCAGCUAUAAAUAGUCGGAGUUUAUUUUCGUCCUGUUUUUAAAAAUCGAGAUAAAGAAAGAUAAAUUGAAGGCGAAAGAAUGCAGCAUACGAAAACCAGCCAGCAGUGAUUGGCAGUUUUGUCGAAGACAACAAACAUUUUUCGGACAAUCAAAAAUUGAUUACAAUGAAGGUAACAGUGACCACCCUCACCGAUUUUAUUUUCGUCUUGGACGUCUCGGAAGACUUGGAACUGGAAAACUUCAAAGCGUUUUGUGAAAUCGAAACCGGGUUUCCAGCCUCGGAAAUUGCGAUCGCAUUCAACGGCAUGCCUUUGAUGGACAAUAGAAAGUCUCUUAAGGCUCUGGGCGUUCGGGACGGAGACGCCGUUAUCCUGCAACACAUGCUAUCCACAUCUCAGACAAAUGUUGAACAAAAUACUUCAAAUUCCUCAGUUUCCAGCUUUGACUUCAGCAAUAUCCAAGUUCCUGGUAAUCCUAAUAAUACUGCAAGAGGUAAUAGAAACAACACAGAAGACGACCCUGUUCUUAUAAGGGGCAUGUUUAUGGCCAACCCCGAUCAGUUGGCGUUACUGAAGCAAAAUAAUCCCCGUUUGGCGGAUGCUUUGCUUAGUGGCGAUAUUGACAGAUUCGCAUCGGUGCUAAGAGAACAAGUUUCGGCACGACAAGAACGAGAACAACAAAGACUGAGAAUGAUGAAUUCUGAUCCGUUCGACACUGAAGCACAAAGACUCAUUUCCGAAGAAAUAAGACAAAAAAAUAUCGAAGCCAACAUGGAGGCGGCCAUGGAAUACAAUCCGGAAUCUUUCGGAACUGUCGUUAUGCUUUACAUUAAUUGUAGAGUGAAUGGGUAUCCUGUAAAGGCAUUUAUUGAUUCAGGUGCUCAAACUACUAUAAUGUCAAGUAGAUGCGCUGAAAGGUGUAACAUAAUGCGAUUAGUUGACACCAGAUGGGCAGGCAUUGCAAAAGGAGUGGGCGUACAAAAAAUUAUUGGAAGAAUCCACAUGGUACAAAUACAAAUCGAAAAUGUUUAUUUGACCACCAGUUUUUCCGUUUUGGAAGAACAACCCAUGGACAUGUUGUUAGGAUUAGAUAUGUUGAAGCGGCAUCAAUGUUGUAUAGAUUUGCACGCAAACGUACUUCGUAUUGGCACCACGGGCACAGAAACUUCGUUUUUGUCCGAGAGUGACUUGCCGGAAUGCGCCAGACUGACUACUGGAUCGGAUGAGGAUGUUAUUGAGAAAUCGAGAAAGGAAGCUGAAUACAAAGACUUGCAGGAUGCUUUACAUAAUAGCCGACAGGGACAAGAAAAAAGAAGAAACUCGGGAAAUUCUCCUUCUUGCAGCAACCAUAACAAGCCCAAUAAGCAAAAGCGAAUGCAAAAAUUUAGUACAAAUUAAACGUAUUUUAUUUAAAUUUUAAAUAAAGUGCUUUUGUUCCACUGUUAUUUUUUUGUUUGUUUUUUUUUUUAGCAGCUAGUAGUUCAAGUAGCACACCAAACAAUACUCUCUCCACAAACGACAGAUUCACAGAAAAAGACGUAAACGAACUCAUCGCUUUAGGAUUCACUCAGGAUCAGGUUUUAUUCGAGCUUCGCAAAUUUAACGGAGAUAAGACUCAAGCGAUUGCCGCACUUUUUGCUAAAUCGCUUACUUUUUAGGCUAAUUUUUCUAAAAUUAUAUACAAAAACGUUUUCAUUUAAUUUAAGAAGCUAGUUUCAAUAGGGCAACACUCAGGAACAUAUUUAUAUGCCCCGUAGAAAUUUGAAAAUCCAAAACUGAGUAAAAUAAGCCCAAAACACUAUUAUGUAUAACUUAUUGAAUUGGAUUUUUUUUUAGGUAUAUGUAUAAUUAUAUUUUCACUUUUAUUGGUUGGGUAUUUGUAACAAUAAAAAGAUAUUGUUUUGAGAUUGUUUU